AUCAUUUAAAAUGGUGCGGCGCAAUAUCAUAAUUUCAUUUUCUUGCAAAUUAAGUUAAUGACAGAGUAUAUAAGGUGGGAUUGAUCGAUUUUGAAUCAUUUUGCCAGAAUUGUGAAGAAUAUGAAGUUGUGAUAUAAGAUGCUGGAAUGUGUGAAGAAACAUUUUAGUGAUGAGAAAAAAAAAAAUUGCGAGGAGAACUUAAAGAUUUAGAGCCGACAGACCUUUGGGAACUUGAAAAGUUGAAGGUUGCAAGCUGUUGAACAAUAAUGGAAGUAGGAUUUUCUGUAGAGUGUUUUGUACCACACUUAGAUGGUGCAAUUUGAAUAUAAAUUAGUCACAAUUUGUAGCAAAAGAUUAUGUGGUUUGUGAUGUAAAUUAGUUUGAUUUGUAAAAUGAAAUGUGAUGGAAACAGAGUGUGGUUUGCCACUUUUUCAAUUUGGUUUGGAGGUUGGUUUGCAUAAUUUGUAAUAAUGAUUUGUAUACUUUAUAACAUUAGUUUGUAUAUUUUUUAUGAUAGGAUUUUUGUACUUAUAUAGUUUGGUUUGUAAGCUUUUUUUUUUUUUAACAACUUGGUUUGUAAGCUUUAUGCUGUCAUAUUUUUCCACCUUAUAGUAUCAUUUUGUAUACUUUUACUAUUUAUUUUGUACGUUAUAUAUUCCUAGCUUAUAUCUUUAUAAAGAUUCAAACGUUAUUUUGUAGGUUUUUCUAAAUGGUUUUUAAUUAUUAGAAAUAUUUUAGAAGCAUCCAUUAAAAUUGCCUUCUUAUUUAUUAGAUGAUAAAAAUUACCAAAAUCAUAGAAAAGAGAAAGACUCAAAGAAAGGUAGAGAAGGGAGAAAGAAAAAAAAAGAAAAUUUAAAUAACUUUUCAUAAUGACAAAAACAUUGAAUAAAAAAAAUAUUCUCUUAUCUCACCAAAAAAAAAUUCUAUUAUUUAUAUUUUUCGGUAUAUAAACCUUUAAUCGAAGAGGAGUUUGGUCACUUAGACCAUGGAACCCUUAGUUAUGUGAUAUUCACUCAUUUAGUGAUAUCCGUUUUAAUUGCAUUCUAAAAUUCUAGGAAUAUAAGAAAUGUUUAUACAACAAAUUUUUUUUGUAAAAAAGUAUAUUUUGGUUCUGCAGGGAGGAAAAUUUAAUUGGUGAAUGCAUCGUAGUCACGGAAAACAUACAAGAAUUUAUGUACAAUCGUUAUAACAAAAAUGCAUUUACGCCAUAAACAGAAAAAAACAACUAUACAAUGAAUCACGAGGAAUAUGCAUGCACCUAAUCUGUUCCGGUUUUGUGUUCUUUUUUCUUGGUUGCUGCUUGUUCAUAAACAUUGAAAAAAACAAAAUUAGUAUUUGCUUCCAGUUGAAACAAAAUCACAGCUUACCAGCAUUAACAACAUAACCUUACAACAAGGAUACAACGAACUUCUCCAAAACUGAUUCCAAGUUUCCCAUAAAUCCAUCAUCCUAUAUAUACAGAGGAUUUCGUCCUCCCUGCCACAUUCAAUCAGUAAAGAAAAUCAAUCAACCAUCUGCAUAAAAACAACCUCUCAAAUCCCUUUCCUAGCUGCAAAAACCACAACAAAAAUGGGGUUCUCAAUUACACCUUUGAUCAUCCCACAAGCCAUCUUCACAACAAUCAUCAUGCUGCAGUUUCCACUGCUAAUGAACGCUAGACAGUUGUCGUCAUCAUCAUCGAUAGCGAUGGCACCUGCUUUCGCGCCUGCCCCAAGCCCGGCUGCUGCUGCUGCGACAAACUUGAUCGGAGAAGUCUGCAGGAAAAGCAAUAUCGACGUGACAAAGUGCAUCGAGACUCUGCACUCCAUCCCUGAUGCAGCAUCAGCCUACGACGACAUCCAAGCUCUGGCCGAGCUGGUCAUGCAGGCCGCUAAGGAAGAGUCGAAGGCCUUGGGCACAAUGUUCAGCGCGAUUCAGAGCAGCAAAGACGCGAACCCAAAGUUGAAGCCGUCGCUGGAGUUGUGUGCUUUCGAUUACAGUGACGCGGCUAUCUUCUUCACGCCCAGAGGGUUGGGGGACGUGACGAAGAGUUUGGAAGUGCAUUCCGCUUUGGACGACUCCCAGAACUGCGACAGCGAGCUGGCGAAGAUCAGGAAUGCUGGUGUGGUUGAUGACUCGAUUUCGGCUGCCAUACAGAAGUGGAGGGAUCUGUAUGCAGUGGCCAAUGGAGUCAUACUGUAUGCUGAAGAUGCGUUCAAAGGCAGAGCUGUGGAUGACCAAGGAGAUGACGAUUACAGCCCAGAUUACUGACCUUCCCAUUAUCUAUCAUUGUUGUAUUUGCGGAAUUGUUUGAUGUAAUAUGAAAUGUUAUCAUGGAAGAGAAAAGCUUGAUAUAUUAGAGCUAAAAGAUGAAUCAAGCUGCCGUUGUAUGUGAACAUGAAAGAACAGGCACUUCAUACAUUUCUAUGAACAGGCUAUUAACUAUGGGACUAGAUUUCCUUCCAUUCCAAAGCAAAUUUCUAUAAGAAACUACAAGAUUAGCCAAGAAAAAAAAAACCUCAGA